AUGUCUACCACAUCUCUCCUGAACCUGCGCUCAGCGCGGACCUUUGCGCCUCGUCUGCGAACUCUGCCUGCUCGGCCUUUGAUUCAGCUUCGAGGCAAGGCGACGGCACCUUUCCGCCUCCCCGAUCCCCGCAAUGAACCAAACCCGCUAUACAAGAGAGGCUCCGAGGAGCGCAUCAAGCUAGAGGAAGCCCUCACCAAGCUUCGAGCCCAAUUGCCCGUUCGCAGCGACAUCUACUACGAUGGCAAGAUCCAACAGAGUCUCAAGUCUUGGGACCAACCACUUCCCGCUGAACACGCAACUACUUUCACCAACUACCCCCUCGCCACAAAGGAACAGACCACGGCUGCUAUCAAUGCCGCGCUAAAGGCCAAGAAGGAGUGGGAGGAGACGCCGUUCGUUGACCGAGCUGCCAUCUUCCUCAAGGCCGCUGAGCUGGUUACCACCAAGUACCGCUACGACUUGGUCGCGGCUACAAUGCUUGGACAGGGCAAGAACAUCUGGCAGGGAGAGAUUGAUGCUGCGGCUGAGCUGGCGGACUUUUUCCGUCUCAACUGCAACUAUGCUGCAGAGAUCUUGGAGAGACAGCCUACUCGUGGCAGUGACGGCAUGUGGAGUCGGCUGGAUUACCGACCCCUGGAGGGCUUCGUCUACGCCGUUUCACCUUUCAACUUCACUGCCAUCGGUGGUAACUUGAUCGCCGGUCCCGCGUUGAUGGGUAACGUCGUGCUCUGGAAGCCAUCGCCCUCCAACGUUUACGCCAGCAACUUGGUCUACAACAUCCUCCUGGAGGCUGGUCUGCCUCCCAACGUGAUCCAAUUCGUCACCGGUGACCCCGAGACCAUCACCGAGGCUGCUCUGGAGCACCACGACUUUGCCGGUCUGAACUUCAUCGGAUCCUCUGACGUCUUCCGCUCUCUCUACGGCAAGAUUGCCACCGGUGUCGCCAACAAGGCUUACCGCGAGUUCCCUCGCGUGGUUGCCGAGACCAGCGGCAAGAACUUCCACCUCGUCCACCCUAGCGCCGACAUCUCCAGCGCUGUCAACCACACUAUCCGCGGCUCCUUCGAGUACCAGGGCCAGAAGUGCUCUGCUACCUCGCGUCUGUAUCUCCCCGAGUCCAAGGCUGAGGAGUUCUUCACGCAAUUGAAGGCCGGUGUGAAGGAUAUCACCAUCGGAAACCCCGACAAGGACCUGGAGGCUUUCAUGGGCCCCGUCAUCCACCGCAAGUCUUUCGACAAGAUCAAGUCUAUCAUCGACAAGAGCAACAAGGACCCCUCCAUCAAGCUCGUCGCUGGUGGUACCUACGACGACUCGGUUGGCUUCUACGUCCACCCAACCGUCUACCAGGUCGACUCGGCCGACCACCAACUCUUCAACGAGGAGAUCUUCGGCCCCGUCCUGGCAGUUUACGUCUACCCCGACGCCGAGUGGUCCUCGACCCUGAAGAAGGUUGACGAGAACGGUGGUGGCUUCGCCCUCACCGGUGCCGUCUUCGCCUCAGACCGCAGGGCUAUUCGUGAAGCUGAGGAUGCCCUCCGCUACUCUGCCGGUAACUUCUAUAUCAACUGCAAGACCACCGCUGCCCUGAUCGGCCAGCAAUCCUUCGGCGGUGCCCGCGCCAGUGGUACCAACGACAAGGCCGGUAGCUCGGACGUUCUCCGUCGCUUCACUAGCCCCCGUUUGAUUAAGGAGGAGUUCUUCCCCCAGACUGGAUACAAGUAUCCCAGUAACCAUUAG